AUGGAAGAGGUUGGAGGGGGAACAGUUUGUGUAACUGGUGGAACAGGGUAUGUAGCUUCAUGGCUGAUUAUGAGGCUCUUCAGCAUGGCUAUUCUGUCCGAGCCACCGUUCGAUCCAAACCUUCAGAGUAGCACUCAAGCACCAAUAGCCACUGAAAGAAAGAGAGAUAUCAGCUACUUGACAAACUUACCAGGAGCCCCAGACAGACUCCAAAUUUUCCAUGCAGAUCUCAAUCAACCAGAGACUUUCAACGAGGCCAUUCAAGGCUGCGCUGGAGUCUUCCACGUUGCUCACCCCAUUGACUUGGAAGGCAAAGAACCUGAGGAAACAGUGACCAACAGAGCUCUGGAAGGCACCCUAGGCAUUUUAAAGGCAUGCAUAAACUCCAAGACAGUGAAACGCGUCGUUUACACUUCAAGUUUAGCCACAAUAUUGUUCAACAGCAAAGGCCUUAGUGAAACUGAUGAAAGUACAUGGAGUGAGCUUGAUCUUUGCAAAAGCAGCAACCUUGUGAGCUCUUCAUACUUGGUUUCUAAAACAGUUGCGGAGAGGGCAGCUUUGGAGUUUGCAGAAAAGCAUGGCUUGGAUCUUGUCACUGUUAUUCUUCCCAUUGUAUUUGGACCCUUCAUUUGUCCAAAUAUUCCUGCUUCUGUGUACAUGGGACUGGCUCCCAUAUUUGGUGACGAGGACAAAUGUAAAUGUCUUACUAACACAUAUAUGGUACACAUAGAUGAUGUGGCAAUUGCACAUAUCCAUCUUCUGGAACAUUCUAAUGCGAAAGGGAGCAACUUAAAGGAGAUUAAAAGUUACAAAAGAUCAAAAGUCUCUUCAAGGAAACUGUUGAGCACUGGGUUCAAGUUCGAAUACGGCCUCGGUGAAAUGUUUGAUGGCGCUGUGCAAUGCUGUAAAGAGAAGGGUUACUUGUAA